AUGCAAUUCUCGACUAUCGCACUCACCGCAACAGCCUUCUUCUCCGCAUCACUCGCUUCCAAGCUGCAAAUGAGAGCGGGUGACUGCUCCACGGAGAACGUCAAGUGCUGCAACCAAGUCAAGGACGCUUCCUCUAUCGACACUGGUACGCUUGGAUUGCUCGGCAUUGACGAACUCGCUGGCCAAGUCGGACUCGAGUGUACCCAAGUCGCUGCUGCCAUCGGUGUACCUAUCUCUGACCAAUGCAAGACUACCGCUGCAUGCUGCAGUGGUCAAACCCAAAACGGUGUUGCCAACUUGGGCUGCACUCCAAUCUCUAUCAUCUAG